AUUCACCGCCAUUUUGCUACCUUCAACAUUAGUCUAAUAUACAGGACGAAAAGCUUUUAAAAAAACUGCUGUGAUGUAAACAAGUUUUAAAUGAAGUAUGUUUCCUAAUAUAAGAAAAAUCUUUUUCUGUUCAAUUUCAAUAGUCUUGCUGUUAUUUAUUUGGAAAAAUUAUGUGACAUUGCAUAGUGGGAAAACUACUAAAGUUGCUGUUACAGAAAAAACUGUAAUUUCUACUCACAAUUUAAAAUUUCCAAGAAAUGUGUCAACAGUAUCAGAAUCAAACUUUGUGACAGACUCUAUUCCCCUAAAUGAAAAUUCCUACUAUACACUAGCUGAUAAAGAGAUAAACUCGUUUUAUUUCAAAUUUCUCUUUCCUCAAAAAGAGCUAUGUUCAGAUAAAACUGUAUUCUUCAUUGUUAUUUUAUCAGCAGGUAUUAUAUCCAUUUUCACGUUUUCCUUUUUUACCAGAAAUUUUUUUCUAUAGUUAUGAAUACCGUCCAACGUGAAGCCAUUCGUAAAACAUGGGCCUCUAAAGAGUCGAGUCAUAUUAAAAGUGGAGCUUAUAAAAUUUUUUUUCUCUUGGGUAACGUUGAAGCCGAAGGAACAGAUUUUUGGAUUUUUAAAGAAACCGAAAAAUAUAGAGAUAUUAUCCAAGUAAAUAUUACUGACACGAUGUCCAAUCUUGUGUAUAAAUCUUUGGCAUCUCUAAAGCUGAAGCGUGAUCACUGCGGCACUGCAUCCUUCUAUGUAAAAGUGGAUGAUGAUGUUCUACUUAAUCUUCACAAUUUAGAAACUGCAAUAUCCAAAGCUAAAAUGAAAAACUGGGGAAUUAUGGGGUCACUAAAUAUCCAAGAUAAAGUCAAAAGAAAAUAUUCUAGAGCCGUCAGUAAGAAAACUUAUCCAUUCACGUUUUACCCAAAGUACGAAACUGGUGCAUGCUAUGUCAUUACUAAAGAUCUAAUUGAACCAUUAAUAUCAGCAUCUAAAAAAAUGAAAACAAUAAAAAGUGAAGAUGCAUAUAUUACCGGUAUAUUGGGAAGAAUGCUAAAAGUUAAACAUUAUAAACAGGAAGGGUUUUCUUUUUGGAAAUCUUUGAUUUCAAAAGAUGAAUGUGAAUUCAUUAAAGGAAAAAUUUCCCUUACAAAUUUUGAAUCACCAAAAAAAAUGGAAGAGUAUUGGCACAAAGCCCAGAUGUGUAGCUAA